AUGUACUCCAUGGAGGAAGGAAAAGCAGAAAAUCAAACAUCUAUCACAGAAUUCAUCCUGCUGGGAUUUGGGAACCUCCCUGAAUUGCAAAUUAUUUUCUUCCUCCUUUUUCUAGUUAUCUACAUUGUCACCAUGACUGUAAACAUGCUCAUUGUAGCACUAGUUGUGGCUGAUCCGCACCUGCACACCCCUAUGUAUUUCUUCCUGGGGAAUUUGUCCUGCUUGGAGAUUUGUUGCACCUCAGCCAUUCUUCCCAAGAUGCUGUCCAGCCUCUUGAGUGGGGACAGAACCAUUUCUGUAACCGGCUGCAUUGUGCAAUUUUAUUGGUUUGGUUUCCUAGUGACUGCUGAGUGCUCUCUGCUAGCUGUGAUGUCGUACGAUCGAUACUUAGCAAUAUGUAAGCCCUUGCACUAUGCAAUCCAUAUGAGUGGCAGAUUCUGUAUGCAGCUAGUAGCUGGAUCUUGGCUAAGUUCAUUCAUAAUUCUUACCACAUUAAUAUCUUUUAUGUCACAAUUAACCUUCUGUGGCCCUAAUGAAAUUGAUCAUUUUUUUUGUGAUCUCACCCCAGUGAUUAAACUCUCCUGCAGUCACACCAAUCUGGUUACCCUGGUGACUCUCAUAUUCUCCUCCAUAGACACUGUUCCCCCAUUUCUGUUGACCCUGAUAUCUUAUGUUUGUAUCAUCUCCACCAUCCUGAGGAUCCCUUCCACCACCGGGAAGCAUAAGGCAUUUUCCACCUGCUCCUCCCACCUUAUUGUGGUUACACUUUUCUAUGGGACACUAAUAACUGUCUACAUGUUACCAAGCACUGGUGCCGUGAAAGUCCCAAACAAAGUGUUUUCUGUCUUCUACACGGUCUUGACACCGCUAAUUAAUCCUCUCAUCUACAGCCUGAGAAACAAAAAGGUCAAGGAGGCCCUGAAGAGAGUGCUACAGAAAUGUAGGGUAUUCCCAGGAAGUCAGAGAAAUUGA